AUGAGUGAAUUGGAAGAUAGGGAACAACCCAAUGUGAUUGUGAAUAAAAAUAAACGUUACAGACGUGAGAAACCUUGGGAUACUGAUGAUAUUGAUCAUUGGAGAAUUGAUCCUUUUUCCAAAGAAGAAACAUCUGAGCCCUUUUUGGAAGAGUCCAGUUUCGCUACCCUAUUCCCUAAAUAUCGUGAAAAAUAUCUUCGAGAAGUCUGGCCUCAUGUAACAAGGGCUUUGGAUAAGUACGGAAUUGCUUGCGUUCUUGACUUGGUAGAGGGUAGUAUGACUGUCAAGACCACUAGAAAAACAUUUGAUCCAUAUGCUAUUUUGGAUGCUAGAGACAUGAUUAAGUUGCUGUCUCGAAGUGUUCCAUUUCCUCAAGCGAUUAAAGUUAUGCAGGAUGGUGUAGCAUGUGAUAUUAUAAAAAUUGGUAAUGUUGUUCGCAACAAGGAACGAUUCGUUAAGCGUCGUCAACGCCUGGUAGGUAAUAACGGUCAAACCUUGAAGGCAUUAGAAUUGUUGACACAAUGCUACAUUCUGGUACAAGGUACCACUGUAGCUGCUAUGGGUGGUUACAAAGGAUUAAAGGAACUUCGGAGAGUUGUUGAAGAUUGCAUGCAUAAUAUUCACCCAAUUUAUCACAUCAAAGAAUUAAUGAUUAAGCGUGAAUUGGCUAAAGACCCUACGCUAGUUAACGAAUCGUGGGAUAGAUUCUUACCUCAAUUCAAGAAGAGGAAUGUUGCACGCCAUAAGCCUGUUAAAGUUAAGGAGAAGAAGGACUACACACCAUUUCCUCCUCCUCAACAACCUAGUAAGCUUGAUCUUGAAAUUGAGAGUGGUGAGUAUUUCUUGAAGAAGGAAGAAAAAGAACGAAAAAUUCGCUCAGAAAAGAGAGAGAAACAAAAAGAGAAACAGAAACUCAAAGAAGGAGAAAGACAAAAGGCUUUCGUACCACCUGAAGAACCUGUGAAGAAGAAACGUAAAGCUGAUUGA